AGUGGGGCACUCUUGACUUUUGCAGGCUGCCGAGUGCCGCCACAAGAGCAUCAAUUGCAAGUUCUUGGGGAGACGGACGUGAAAAUAUUCAGGCGAUAACUGGGUCGUACGAACGCAAUAAGGAGUAUUCAUAAGGAUAAAGCCAUUAUUUUUGAAGAGCAAGUAUUGCAUACAACAUUUACUAUAGUAUUCCACGAUGACAAACACAACGAAAAGCAAAACUAGACCACAAAAGGAAACUGAGGAAAAACAUGGACUACCCUACAAGAUUGCAAAAACAGUAUACAUGGAUUCCUCCUGGAUCUGUAUGGGUAUGUUCUUGGAACUAUCGGGACCCACGCUGCAGGACCUCAAGUAUCGAGUUAGCGCCAACUAUGAAGAAGUUUCACGUGCUCUUAUAGGACGAAGUAUAGGUUAUUUCAUUGGGGCGUUUUUUGGUGGCUACCUCUGUGACCGCUUCAAACGCUACGUGGAUCUCCUCACGGCGUUGGCUUUGCUGGUUGGAACCGUGGGAACGUUUCUAGCGCCCUACAGUAGCAGUGUGGAACUCCUUCUGGCGAUGUUCGCACUCCAGGGUCUCGCAGAGGGAACUCUCGCCAUAAUUGGAAAUGCCAUGUUUAUCCGAGUAUGGCGAGAAAAGGCAUCAGCGCCAAUACACUCUUUGCAUUUCUCCUAUGGCGUUGGUGCCUUCUUCGCUCCGAUAAUCGCACGCCAGUUUCUUGCACCAUCCAUUGAUGUAACAAUUAUGCAGAAUGCUGAAAAUGACACGAACAUGGAGGGGCUGCUUCCAACUACAGGAGAUAUAAAUGAGACAUUGUUGGCAUCAUAUAGGAAUAAUUCAACAAAUAUCACCACUACGGUGACGGCAUUCGAGUUGUCGAAGAUCGAGUAUUCCUAUAUCAUCGUGGCCUGCGUCUCCAUCGCCAUGCUACUGGUGGCACUGGCGUUCCAGUUCCAUGCUUCGUGCGUCGGUCCUAAACCUCAAAGCGAGAAAAUCAGUUUUAUUGAUAUAUUUUCUCCUGGAUCUUGCGCACAGGGAGAUAAAGCCUUCGGCUUGGCCGUCUUGGUUCUGAUUUUCCUGUUCUAUUUCUUUCUUGUCGGUUGUGAUCACACAGCCAGUAAACUUUUGUACAGCUAUUCUCGUGACACGCCCAAUCAGUUCAGCGUCGGGGAUGCCACCCUGCUGAACUCUGUCUACUGGGGCUCGUACUCUAUAGGGAGAGGAUUACCCAUAUUCUUCGUGGAAUGGAUCCCAGUUACAUACCUCAUCAUCGGAGAACUGAUUGGCAAUUUGGCUGCUAUAGUCGUCUUAUCUAUCUUCGCUGCCAGCAACCCCAUGGUGCUGUGGGUGUGUGCCUCGGCGUACGGUGCCUUCAUGGGGCCCAUCUUCGCGUCCAUCGUUACCUGGAGUGGGCACUACGUCGAAGUCACUGGAAUGGUAAUGGCGGUCAUCUACGUCGGAUCAGCGACAGGUGCGUUCGCUGUCCAGUGGAUAGCGGGCUACUUCUUUGAGUACACGGGGCCGCACACUCUGAUGUAUGUGUUAUUGGUGUGCAGUGUGGCCUACGCUGGUGUGUUUGUUGUUGAUCUCGGUCCCAGUUUUGUAUGGACCAGACUGUGUGUAUGUGGAACAACGCAAUAUUCACAUGUUCAAUGA